CCUGCACAUCCAUAGUUCUUCCACUGAAUAUUAAAGAGGGACAUCAAUAGCAAAAAAGAAGCUGAAGAGAGAAGACCAUUCACAGAAAUUACAAAAACUGCUGUUUUUGAUCUGCUGAGGUUUUCUAAAUUGGACAAAGAUGGUUGCUUUACAUUAUUUACUAACACUUAUGGUUACCAUUCAACUCAGCCUAUAUGGCUCCAACUCUCUUGUAUUAGGCUUAAAGAAUAUCUGUACAUUGUGUAAUGGGCCCUCUGGGGAAUCCAAGGCCCACAGAGGUGAGCGUUUAUCAGGGGAGGAGAUCACAUCCGUGUUGGCAUUAGGUGAACCCUGUGGGGUUUACACUCUACCGUGUGCUCAGGGUCUUCGGUGUAUCCCUCCUCUUGGAGAGCAAAGUCCCCUUCAGGCACUGCUUCAGGGACGAGGGGUCUGCAAAAACAUCAAAAUUACCUUUACUGACAUCCAUCCACCUACAGAUUAUCGUCCAUCAACCAAUGAAGACAAUUUUGAAAAGGGGCCUUGUCGCAAACUGCUAAACACAGUCCUCCAAAGUAUAGAGCUCACAAUUAUCCAUUCAAUUCCGGACAUCUACAUCCCCAACUGUGACAGACAAGGGUUCUUCAGGAAGAAACAGUGUCGGUCAUCAAGAGGAAUGCAAAGAGGACAUUGCUGGUGUGUUGAUGAGAAAGGAUCAAAAAUUUCAUCCCGUAAAAGGAGUGAUGGAACUAUCUCAUGUAACAGUGCCUGAAAAUUGUGAUACAACUUGACAUCUGAUGUUAAUAUGGACCUGUUUAGUGGGGACUGAGAGAGAGUCAGCAAAAGAGAUGACAGAAAAAAGAUAAUAUUCUCCCUGAGUAAAUGUAACUAAUGUACUGUCUGAUUUGAAAUUUAUGAACUAUGCAGUAAAGACAGUACAGUAUUUUAUUUUAUUUUCAAAUUACAUAUAUUUAUGUUGCAAACAUAUUAACUGCUUAUGUAUUAAUAUAAUUAAUUAAUAUAUUAAUUGUCCUUUCUUUUUACAUAUAAACUCAGCAAAAUGGAAAUAUCCUUCUGCAUUCAACUGACUUUAUUUUCAAAAACUUUCUUAACAGCUUUAAGUACUAGAGUGCUACACAUUUUCAUGUUCUGCCACUGAUUUGCUGGUUUUUGCUGUGAGAUGUUACCCCACUGUUACAACACACACCUCCACCAAGACAUUUGAAAGUCCUUGAAUACAUUAAUGGGCACACAUGGUUGCACAUGGUUUGCCACUGCAAGGACCGUCACCUGUUCUAUAUCCCUGUAGCAUUUACUCUUAUGUGUCUUACACUACAGACAUUGUAGUUUAUUUCUCUGGCCACGUCUGUAGCCCUCAUGCCCCCCUGCAGCAGGACUCUCUGUGUAUUUUGUUUUUAUUUUUUUCCCAGAGUCAGUAGAAAGGUUUCUUUACUGUCCUUAAGUUAUUGUUACUGUGACCUUGAUUGCCUUCAGCCUGUAAACUGUAAGGGUCUUAAGGACUGUUCCACAGGUGCAUGUGCAAUAAUUAUUUAUAUUGUUUAUAAUGCAUUGAACAAGUAUGAAACAUAUUGUUUAAAACCUUUCC